AUGUUGGCCACACUGGACGGAGUAAUCUCCACCACCAGAAACGUGAAAAUCCAGUUGCUGGCAGAACCCAGCGCAGCAGCCUUGGUUCUGAUCGCCAGCGGAGCAUAUUCUGCUGGUAGCAGCCACGGAAUGGCAAGCAGCCCCACAGCAAAGAAGAAGUUGAACGCAAACAGCAUCACGGUGGCCACUAUACCACAGGCGGUGUUACCGUUGGAAACUGUUCCCGCGAGGAUCGCCAUGCAAGCGCCCUGGCCCGUGGCGGCGAAAAGCAUUAAUUUUCUCCGCCCCACUCGGUCAAGUAGCCAGAUAGGAAUUAGCGAUGACGCAAAGUAG